UUCUUUUGCUUCAGGGGCGUCCACUCUUCUAUCCUCCUCUUCCGCCCUUCUAUCUUCUUCCUCUGCCUCUCGCGGUUUCAAUCUAUAAAGAUCCCAUUUUUAAGCGCAACGAAGGCAAGAUUCAAUUUUUUAUCCACUUCUAUGGGCGUUAGCUUCGACCAUGCUUCCUCCCUCCUUCGCUGCCCGGAGGACAGCAAUAGCAUCCUGGGGCUUAGCGAGGAAGACCAGGACGUCCGUGGAGAAAUAGAAAGGCGCGACGUUUGCCGAUCUCCCCGUCAAAGGUACGAUUUUUACAGCAGCCAGUUGGGCGACUUCACUUUGCAGUCGGAAGAAUACAUUGCCUCGCUGAUCGAGAGGGAGUCCCACCUUCUCCCACCGAGAAACUACGCUGAGAAGUUGCUGAGAGGGAAACUAGGCAUAACUGUCAGAAGCGAUUCCAUCGACUGGAUUCUCAAGGUUCAUGUGCACUGCAAUUUUGGACCUGUAAGUGCCUAUUUGUCUGUAAAUUACUUGGAUCGAUUCUUCUCCUCGCACGACUUCGUGAAAGAUGCAGCUUGGAUGACACAAUUGGUAUCAGUUGCGUGCUUAUCUCUUGCUGCCAAGAUGGAGGAAAAGGAAGUGCCUUCAUCUCUUGACUUACAGGUAGAUGAGUCAAAAUAUAUAUUUGAAGCCAGGAGUAUACAAAGAAUGGAGCUUCUAGUGCUCAGUACCCUCAAUUGGAGGAUGCAUGUCGUGACACCCUUUUCAUUCAUUGACUACUUUCUGUGUGAAUUCAAUGAUAGGAAUUCACCGGAUAGGUUACUACUUUCUUCCUCUAUUGGUCUCAUUUUGGGUACUGUUAGGGAUGUUGAUUUUCUAAAGUUCAGGCCUUCUGAAAUUGCUGCAGCAGUGGCACUGUCAAGCCUGAGAGGUUCCCGAAUUCUGGACACUGAUAAUACUUUAGCUCGUUGCAUACUUGUAAAUAAGGAAAGAGUAUUAAGAUGUUGUGAAGUGAUUCAAGGCAUGACCCUGAUGAAGAAUGGGGCAUGCAAUAAUAUCAGUCCAUCAGUUACUAAUGUGCCAAAGAGUCCGAUUGGGGUGCUGGAUGUUGCAUGUGUGAGCUAUAAAAGCGAUGAUACUAAUACUACAAGUGGCUCGCAUGUUGAUUGUCAUACUGCCUCUCCAGCCGCCAAGAAGAAGAAACAAGGCAUAUCAACAUCUUCAUGAGAGAUAUGGUUUAUUUUAAGUGUUUUCACCUGGUUGACAGUUUUGUCAAAGUAAUUGAAUUUUGCUAAAGAACUUAUUGUGGUCAGGAGCCACAACAAGUAGUUUACUUCAUUCAAUAAGAGUGAAAAAACAAUGACAACAUUAUUUGGAUGCUGAA